CACACACACACACACACACACACCAUUCCUCUGUGCUUCUGAUUUGAAUGGCUCAGUUAUAUACCUAAAACAUGGGACAGGCCUUUCUAUGAUGAGGCUAAAUGAAAAUUGCAUUCAGAGGGUUGACAUGUUCUUUGGAUUUGCUUUAUAGGUCUGGUUGCUUGAGAUCAACUCAAACCCAUCUUUACAGAUAAAUUGUGAGAUUCUCAAAUCAGUCAUUCCCAAAGUAAUGAAUGAAGCCCUUGGUUUGGUAUUUGAGAUCUUCACAAAGUGUUCUCGAGGACUGUACAUCAUGCCACUGGAGGCACAGAAAGAAUUUGUCCUCCUUUAUAAUGGUUCCCCAAAAGAGCCAUUUGAGAAGAGAUUUAAGACAAGGCUUGAGUACAGGAUUUCAGAGAGAGCAACCAUUCUUAAACGGCCUCAAAAGGCUGACAACAGGCCCCAGAUAAAAGUUCUGACCAGUUUAGAGUUUAUACCAACAUUAGAUUCUACUCUAUAUCACACUAAAGCUUCUCAGAGGUUCAGGUCACUGCUUUCUCAAAGGCCACUCCCAGAGAUUUCACUUGUACAACAUUUGAGUUCUGCCAAGGCUAAACUUAAAAGUAAUCUGCAGUCAAGCAACCAUUCAGCUGGAGUCUCUUCAGAGGAACAGAGUCAAACCAAGCACAGCACAGAGCCAGGCCUUUGCAAAGAAAGAAUAGCAGCUACACAGUUAAUACCCAAAAAACAUUCUGCCAAUAGUCAGCUGUACAAAAGCUUGGAGAAUACAAUGACAUUUAAUGCUUCUUUUCAUUCCCUGAUCCUCACUAGGACUCCGCUUACAUCCAAGAAAGCCACUGCAAAACUAUCUGAGAUGAAAAUUCGCCCCAAAGAGAUCAACACAUGACAUAACUUAGUCAGUACUGACAGGAAUGCCUUUCGUUUAAUAGUUCACGCCAGUAUUAAAAGUAAAUUUGAUUCAUGGAGAGCCAAUCAUGAAAUGUUCUGAUCUUUAACAAACACCUCCUAAGAGGUGAGAGAUUGACUUUGUUUCACACCUUACACUUUGUAGUCAAUGUUCCAUUACAAUCAUAAGUUACUCAGCUCCAAUCAAUAAAACUGCAGUGUUUAUAGUGC